AUGUUAGGAUCAGUCUCCAGAUCUUACUUCAAGGGCCAUUACCUCGAUACACAAGCUACAAGUGUCUUAGACCCAAGAGUUUUCGAUACUAUGAUUCCUUACGAAACAUACGUUCACGGAAAUGCACAUUCCAAGCAACACGGCUUCGGCCAAGAGGCCAUGGCAGCUGUUGAGAAGGCCAGAAAGUCCGUUGCAGAUCUUAUCAACGCAAAGCCAAACGAAAUCAUCUUUACAUCCGGUGCUACAGAGUGUAAUAACAUUGCAAUCAAAGGCGCCAUGGGAUAUUUGAAGAACAGUGGCAAGAAGCAUGUCAUUGUCUCAUCUAUUGAACAUAAAUGUGUCAUUGAGUCAGCUCGCGCCCUCCAAAAGGAAGGAUUUGAUGCAACUUUCCUCCAGGUUGGCAAAGAUGGCCGCGUAGAUCCAAAGGAAGUCGCAAAGAACAUCCGCCCAGAUACAGGCCUCGUUUCUUGCAUGCUUGUCAACAACGAAAUUGGUUCCAUCAACCCAGUUCAAGAAAUUUCCAAGAUCUGCAAGUCUAAGGGUGUCUGGUUCCACACAGAUGCCGCCCAAGGCUUCGGCAAGAUCCCAAUCGAUGUCAAGAAGAUCGGAGCCAAUUUCAUGUCAAUUUCCGGCCACAAGAUCCAUGGUCCAAAGGGCAUUGGUGCCUUAUAUGUCUCCAGCCGCCCACGUUCACGUGUUGAGCCAAUCAUCAACGGCGGUGGCCAGGAAAGAAACAUCAGAUCAGGCACACUUGCUGUUCCUCUUAUUGUUGGCUUAGGCAAGGCAGCAGAGAUUGCCAAGCGUGAGAUGAAGUACGAUUCUCCAUACAUCGAAUCCCUCGGCAAGCAUUUGAUCGAAGAAGUUACAAAGCGCAUUCCAUACGCAACAGUCAACGGUUCUCUUGAACACCGCUGGUUCGGAUGCGUCAACAUUUCAUUCGAAGCAGUCGAAGGUGAGUCACUUAUGGCCACAAUUCCAAACUUCGGUGUUUCAUCAGGUUCUGCUUGCACAUCUGCUUCUCUCGAACCAUCAUAUGUUCUCAAGGGCAUCGGUGUCGGUGAUGAACUCGCACAUACUUCCCUUCGUAUCGGUAUCUCUAAGUUUACAACAAGAGAAGAAGUUGAUCAGUUUGUUGAACUCCUUGAACACGCUGUCAAACACCUUCGUGACCUUUCUCCACUUUGGGAAAUGAAGAUGAGCGGAAUUGAUCUUUCUCAGGUCGAAUGGAUCCAGUAA